AUGUCGGCUGCCCCCGCCGUCGAGAGCGGCCCGUCCCCGCUCCCUCCAGCGACCGCGCCCACAGCGCCCACAGCUGCCCAUACUCCCCAUGCAAGUGCGCCGUCGUCCGCGGGCCCUACACUGCCACCUACAGACACGGUACAUACGUCACAGCACCAUGUAGACCCCCCACAGGACCACGGCGACCUCCAGCCCGUCACCCACCUCGAGCCCGACUCCGGCAGCGACACCGACAGCGCCUUCGACGCCAACUCGUCCGCCAGCACCUCGCUCGCCUCCUCCAUCCUCAACUACGAGUACUCCAACGGCCGCCGCUACCACGGCUACCGCUCCGGCGCCUACGUGCUGCCCAACGACGAGCAGGAGCAAGACCGUCUCGACCUGCUGCACCACAUCUUCACCCUCAUCCUUGGCGGCAAACUCUACGAUGUGCCCAUCUCGCCGCCGCCGAAAAGGGUGCUGGAUAUAGGCACCGGGACAGGCAUAUGGGCGAUUGACUUUGCAGAUGAGAACCCCGGGUGCGAAGUCCUCGGCACAGACCUCUCGCCCAUUCAACCAACGUGGGUCCCCCCAAAUGCAAAGUUCUACAUCGACGAUGCCGAGUCAGAAUGGGUGUACAGUCCAGACGAGCACUUCGACUUCAUACACGUGCGCACACUGUCCGGGGCGAUUGGCGACUGGGACAAGCUGACGCAGCAGUGCUAUGCGCAUCUGCAGCCCGGCGGGUGGCUGGAGUUCCAGGAGCCUGUUGCGCUGUGCGAGAGCGACGAUGGGACGAUCGAGAAUGCUACGGCCAUGCAGAGGUGGCAGGAUCUGUGCCACGACGCGGCCAAGGUGUUUGCAAAGGAUAUCCGGGUGGGCCAGACGCUAAAGCAGCGGAUGCUUGACGCGGGCUUUGUGGAUGUCGCUGAGAAGAUCGUGAAGGUCCCCAUCGGUCCGUGGCCUAAGGAUCCACGGAUGAAAGAGAUUGGCCGCUAUCAGCGCGAGCACAUGGCCAUGGGCAUCGAGCCCUAUACCUUUGGUUUCAUUGGCAAGAUCCUUGGCUGGUCAGAAGAAGAAUGUCGUGUCUUGAUUGCGCAGGUCACGAACGAUGUGAGGCGGAAAGACGUGCACAUGUAUAUCAGGUUCUACUUUGUCCACGGCAGGAAAGCUCCAAGCGCGCAGUACUAG